UGGUAUAAAUACACACCACACUAUUCUCAGUAACCACAAAGUUCUUCAACACCAACAUAAAAAAAAAAACACCACAUUUGAAAACAUGGCCACCACAACAUCAUCAUCAACAUCAUCAUGUGAUUUCUCAUCCUUGGAAUCUAUUCAACACUAUCUUCUCGAACCAGAUUAUUCCGACACUCUCAUGAGCGUUUACAGUCACAAAGUUUUGUGUUCUCCGAUGUACAAACCACUCCAAAACCCUACUACCUCGGAGGGUGUCCAUGAUGCAGAGAACAUGUUGAAAAAGGAGCGUGAGGGUCACGCGCCGCCGGUGUGGAAGCGUUUCCGAGGUGUGAGGCGGCGGCCAUGGGGGAAGUUCGCCGCAGAGAUAAGGGAUCCAGAGAGGAACGGUGCGAGAAUUUGGCUUGGGACUUAUGAAACUGAAGAAGAAGCUGGUUUGGCUUAUGAUAAAGCUGCGUUUAAGAUGCGUGGUAACAAAGCUAAGUUAAAUUUUCCUCAUCUUAUUGAUUCUCAUGUGUCUCUGAAACCAGUUAGAACAAUGAAAGGUUCGAAACAAAACGCUUUCAAAUCUUAUUCAUCGUUUUCUCUAACUUCAGAGACAGAAGAAGGUUCUAAGAAGAGGAAAAACAUGGUUGAGUUGUUGAAUAAGUUGGCUAAGAAUAGAAGCCAAAUGCAAGUGUUUGAAACCAGUUUAUAUGAUUAAUGUUCAUCUAUGAUUUAAUUAGUGUAAUUAAGUAUGAUAAUUAGUAGGAA